AUAACAUCUACCGGUGCAACAUCAAUUAUGGUUCCAAAUAAUAACAAUAUUGUUGUCCAAAGUCCUAAUGUCCGAUAUUAUGAUGAUCUCAUUGAAUCGGACUAUGAAUAUGAGUCCGUUAAAUGCAAACGGGAUGAGAAAACCGGUAAUAUUAAGAUUUAUCCCAUGAAAACGGUGCUCACAUUCAGGACAGAGCGCCAGGUGCCCAAAACUGGACUAAUGUUAGUGGGAUGGGGCGGUAAUAAUGGGUCGACAGUGACCGGUGCCAUACUGGCCAACAGACACAAAAUGCAAUGGCAAACAAAGGAGGGAACAGUAAAAGCCAAUUACUUUGGAAGUAUCACACAGUCAUCGACAAUAUUACUGGGAACAGAUCCUUCCGGCAAAGAUGUAUACAUUCCUAUGAAAGACGUCGUACCGAUGGUUAGUCCUAAUGAUCUAGUAUUAGACGGUUGGGAUAUUUCGAGCGCCAAUUUAGCCGAAACCAUGAAAAGAGCAAAAGUCUUAGAUUAUAAUCUACAAACACAACUGAUCCCAUUAAUGGCAAACAUGAAACCACGAAAAGCCAUUUAUGAUCCCGAGUUUAUUGCGGCCAAUCAGAGUGACAGAGCCGACAAUGUGAUUGCAACACAUGAUAAAUGGGCUCAAAUUGAGAUAAUCAGAGCCGAUAUUCGCGAUUUUAAAGCUAAAAACAGUUUGGACACAAUUAUAGUGUUGUGGACAGCAAAUACUGAGAGGUUUACCGAAAUUAUUGACGGCAUUCACGAUACGGCCGACAACCUGUUGGCCGCAAUCAAACGCAAUGAGGCAGAGUUGGCGCCAUCACUGCUAUACGCUGUGGCAGCUAUUCUUGAAAAAUGCACUUUUAUAAACGGAUCGCCGCAAAACACAUUUGUUUCGGGACUCAUCGAUUUGGCCGAAAGGGAGGGUGUGUUCAUAGCUGGCGAUGACUUCAAGUCGGGUCAAACCAAAUUUAAGUCAGUGUUGGUUGAUUUUCUGGUGAGCGCCGGUAUUAAGCCGUGCUCUAUAGUCAGCUACAAUCAUUUAGGUAAUAAUGAUGGCUAUAACCUGUCGGCGCCCAAACAGUUUCGCAGUAAAGAAAUCUCAAAAUCUAAUGUUGUCGAUGAUAUGGUGGCCUCGAAUCAAGUGCUUUACGGUGAGGGUUUGAAAAAGCCGGACCACUGUGUUGUGAUAAAAUAUGUGCCGUAUGUGGGAGACUCUAAACGGGCUAUGGAUGAGUAUGUAAGUGAGCUUAUGUUGGGCGGCAAAAACACUAUAGUUGUCCACAACACCUGUGAGGACUCGUUGUUGGCGUCGCCCAUAAUCCUGGAUCUGGCGAUUCUGGCGGAACUCUGUCAGAGAAUCAAAUUUCAAAUACAUAGCGCCGACUCUUCGGCCAAAUUUCAGUCAUUCAAUUCAGUGCUUUCAUUGUUAACCUAUUUAUGUAAAGCACCGCUCGUUGAAAGAGGUGGUCGUGUGAUAAACGCAUUGUUCAAACAGAGGGCCAGCAUUGAGAACAUAUUGAGAGCUCUGUUGUCGUUACCGCCGGUCAAUCACAUGGACCUGGAGUUCAAGUGCUCCGACCGAUCGCAAUGGCACGAGGAGCUCAAACAUCCCAUCAAAAAAGAAAGAUUACUCUCCGAUAACCCACCCAUAGCUCCCAUUAUUAAUGGUAAUACUGGCGGACACUAACAACUUUAUGUUUAUAAAUAUCCGAAUAUCUUAGUGAUAGGGGAUUAGGUUUUAUUUUUGUGGCCAUAUAUUUGUAUUUUUUAUUUAUUUUUAUUUUUCAGACUAUUUUUCAUUUUCAGAGUUUAAAUUUGUUAUUU